AUGCCCACCAAGAAGGACACAGAGUUCUUAGUAUCAGGCAGCCAAGACUUGGCUUUAGGUCAAGGUGCCAAGCCAUCCAGGAUGCCAGGAAUGUGUGCUUGGCCCCUCUGUAGGUUCCAAAUUGCCCCAUCUCUGAUUCUGUUCCCUGCAUUACUUUCCAACCUGAGAUCACACGCGUCUGAUUGUUCCCUCUACUGCAGUACUGUGAGGAGUGCCCAUUUAGUGACAGUCCUGCCAAAGGCUGAACACACUGUUGCUUUCUCUCUUGUGUCAUUUUUUCCUGAAGCCUGUUUAGCAAAUAUUUUUGUCUCCUGUUUAACCAUAUACUUGCCCAUAGACAAUUCUUAA